GAACGGAACACGUUACGAGAUUACGGUCCGAGAGGCGGAUGCCAACGCACGGGACAGCCGUUCCUUGCGUCGGCACGUCGACCUUGCAUAGAACGUCUUUUCUUCUGGCGCGCUAAGGCGCUGUUCUUUUUAUAAUUUACUAGUAAGAGUGGAAGAAAAAACAACGACACUUGUUGUAGGCUAACCAUGGAGCUGAACAACGCUGCGGGAGCCCCGCUCGGGGCCGUGGCCUGUCCGGUGUGUACCUUGUAUCUGCGCGAGGGUAUCAGUCUGCAGAAGCAUCUGGACACCCAUCCCAAGGAGCAGGUUAUAGAAGCUCUCAUCAAGGCCAGCACCUCGUACAUUCAGUCGCAUCAGCAGCAGCAACAGUAUCAGCAACAUCCGCAGCAACAGUAUCAGCAUCAUUCGCAGCAGCAACAGCAGCAGCAACAAGCUGCGGCUUCGCCCCAGGCGUCAACCGGCUCGUUACCGGUGUCGCUGCAGGCUCCGCAGGCCUCGCCGCAGGCUCCUACCUCUAUUCAGACUCCGCAGACUUCGCCCCAUGUCUCGCAGAACUCCCCGCACAUCUCAGCACACUCGCCGUAUCCCAUAGGACCCAUCUUCGAAUGUCCGCCCAUAAGUACCAUGAUGCCGCCGCAGUUUACCUCGUUCAGCUAUCAGCAAUUCGUGAACAACGGGACCAUGAUGAUACCGCAGUACGCGAUGGCGCCGCCCCAGGCGAAUCAGAUGAUGCAGAUGCUGUACAAUCCCUACGGUAUGUACCAACAGCAGCAGAUACCCACCGUCCAAAUGAUCUCACCGGUUGCAGCUAUCCCGGGCGCGACGAGGAUCCGGCCAGUGGUCACCAUGGCCGGAGAGAGCAGUGUCAGGACCGCGCUGGCAAUUCCUGUAAAUAGUCCCGAGCCGAAGCAGAUCCUGCCUGAGAUUUUGCCGGACACCGAGGGAGAAUCCGGACAAGUCAUGUCGGACGUUAAUCUACCGGCCGCCUCGCCUGCGUUGGAGAACGAGGAGGCGUCCGUCAGACAGGAGGAGACCAACGACGACAACGCGCUGCCCAUCGAUCACAGAGGACAGCAGCUGCAGAGUGCCUCGUCGUCUGGUGAAACUACGGUGCAGCACGGCUACAACGCUAUUCCUAGAUCCAUCACGAUCGCCUGCGCCAUGAACAGCACCGACGACGACAAAGUGGAGAGCGUGCUGCCGGACAUGGAGGACACGGAGGAGCCAUCGAGUACAAACAUCUCGACUGUGACGUACGAGCAAGCUGAGACCCAGCAGUUUGCGCAGCAGGGAAUCGUGCCCGAUGGCUACGUGAGUUUAUCCAAUAGGAAGACCAACGCAACGAAUGACGUGGAUUCGAUGGCGUGCGACGUCGAGGCGGAAAUGCUGAGCGAGGAGAGGCCGGGAAGUCGCAACAGUAUCGUCAGCAGUAACGUUUUAUCACCGCGGGACCCGGUGGCGAUAGACGCGUUGAAGGAUUCCAUUCAGCCUGAACUGAAUUCGGUGGAGAAGCUGGAGAAUCUGAUCACCAUAAUGGAGACGGAGCUGAACAGGGCCUCGCUCGAGAAGGACGAGGCUCUGUCCGACGAACGGGAGAGACUGGUGGACACGAGGGAGAAACCCGACAGGCAGGAGACCGUGAUUCACGACACCGUGGUGACGAUUCUAGGCCCCCGCGAGAAGGACCACAUAUUGCCCGACAUGCAGGAGGAUCACAACACGUGGUGCCCGAACGAUUACGCGGAUAAUAACGAACUGAGAACGCUGGAGCAACCCUGUUAUUUCUCGUACAACGCGUCCGAGUGCCCGAAAUUGGACGACGGAUUGCAGAGACUGGAGAGAAGUUUGCACAUGUACAAGUAUAAGCAUAGUUUUUCAGCGCCCCCGUCUCCGGUGACCGCGAGGAAGUGCCGCAGGAGCACGGGGCGUCGUUUCAGCGCGCGGUCGGAGCUGGGAUCCUGCGAAAAUCUCAACCAGUAUCACAACCGUCCUCCCGGCUACGAGGACGGGCCGGCGAUGCAGGACGAGGACGAGGAGGAGGAUGAUGACGACGACGAGCUCGACGAGGACGAGAAGUUGGACGAGGAGGACAACUUCGACGAGGCGGACAUGGAGAUCGAGGAGAUCCCGAGUCCCCAUACGCCUUUCGCGGACUGCGGCGUGAGAUCGCACACUCCGCUCUCCACCAUCAGCGGUAUAUCCGUGUUAAGAGUCCGGACGGAUCUCAGCAAGCCGUGCUCGCCCACGUCCAUGCACUCGUUUCACCACGUGGACAGUGACAGCGUGAGUCACGACGAGGACAGCAACGGUGUAGAUAAUAAUCUUGUAGAUAACAUUGCAGAGAAGGACCCGAUCGACUGCUCGCAAGUCGAGGAGAAGACAAUUAAGACUGACGAUCAUCGGGAGGAGAACCUGCACGACAAAGUCGACAAGGUUCAGGAAUCGUCGAGCAGCAACAGCAGCAUCAGUAGCAGCAGCAGCAGCAUCAGCAGCAGCAGCAGUAGUAGCAGUAGUAGUAAUAGCAUAAAUAAUAGUUACACGUAUCAGCAAUCGGUGAUAACCGAGCACGUCAGUUCAUUCCCUGUGAUGCACUCGCAGCCAUCGGUCUUGAUGCACGAAGGCUCGUCGUACUCCGCGAAGACGCCGCAGAAUCUCCUGAACCUGUCCGAGUCGAUCGACCCGACGACCAGCGCGAUCGGCCAGGAAUCGAAGGGCUUUCACUCCUCCGCCGCCAAGUCUACGUUGAUGCCGAAGCAACCGAUGGAACUGCUCAACAUAAACGAGGACGCUCACGCCGGACCGAUGAACGUCUUUGAGUUCGACGGACUACAAAUAUUAGUUCCUAGUACAUUUAUAAGCGAUUCGUCCCAGAAAGCGGUGAGCGCGACCAGCCAGCAAUCCAUGGCGAGUAGCGAGGGCGCGAUAGGCAUCGACGAGGAGGUCAAGAGCAUCAAUAUGCGUGCCGACGAGACUAUGCCGCAGGGCGAAUUGUCCGAGCAGGAGAGCAACGGAUGCACCGAGCCGUCCGCGUGGCAGAUGUACAUGGGCCAGGAAUCUUCCCGCAUGUCCACCUCUUAUGAUCUCCUGGCGCGUGAAAGUUGGGAGGAAUCGGAGGGAUCCGACAACGAGAUCAGCGGACCCUUGUUGGACAGCAGAUCCCUGGCGACCCACUUCACCUCGAGUCUGUUCCUGGAUCGAGACCGGAAGACCCCGACCAAACGGACGUUUAAGUGCUCCCACUGUAACGAGGUGUUCGACUGCCCGAAGGAGCGUCGGGUUCACAGUACAACGGUGCACAAGGAUGCGGUGGCCAGCGGCAGCAGAGACCAGCUGGAGCUGCCGGAGAUCAAGGAUAUCAAGCUGCUAGACAAUCGCGUGAACGUGUUCGAGGAUAUAUUCGUGCCGGCCGGGCUGCAGCACAUGCAGCAGAUGUACCAGCAGCAUCAUCAGCAGCCGCUUCUGCACCAGCUGCAGCCACCGCCGACGCAGCCCGGCUCGGAGCUGGGUCUGACCAAGGCCGAGGCCGAUCAGAAGAUUGGCGAGAACCUGGUGAUACCGUCGAGCAUCGAGGUGACCUGCGCGAUCUGCAGCCAACGUUUCGGCAGCGAGAAGUCCCUGCAGAUACACCAUCGGCGUAUGCAUCUGGCCGAGGUGAAGCGCAUCCGCGAGAACGCCAACAGUUAAAAAAUGUCAAGCAAAAGGAAGAGCGACACCCAGGUGCCGGCCGAGGAGAGCGACUUGCUAUCGAUUCGUCCUCUGGGUGCCGGCCAGGAGGUCGGCAGGUCCUGCAUCAUGCUGGAAUUUAAGGGCAAGAAGAUCAUGCUGGACUGCGGGAUCCACCCGGGUCUCUCCGGUAUGGACGCCCUGCCGUUCGUCGACCUGGUCGAAGCCGACGAGAUCGACCUGCUGCUGAUCUCCCACUUUCACCUGGACCACUGCGGAGCGUUGCCCUGGUUCCUCCAGAAGACGAGCUUCAAGGGCCGCUGCUUCAUGACCCACGCCACCAAGGCCAUCUACCGCUGGCUGCUCUCGGAUUACAUCAAGGUGAGCAACAUCGCCACGGAGCAGAUGUUGUACACCGAGUCUGACCUGGAGACCAGCAUGGACAAAAUCGAGACGAUCAACUUCCACGAGGAGAAGGAUGUCUUCGGCAUCAAGUUCUGGGCCUACAACGCCGGACACGUCCUGGGUGCAGCUAUGUUCAUGAUAGAGAUCGCUGGGGUGAAGAUCCUCUACACUGGAGACUUCAGUCGUCAAGAGGAUAGACACUUGAUGGCAGCGGAGAUCCCAAACAUUCAUCCUGACGUUCUUAUUACAGAGUCCACCUAUGGCACGCACAUCCACGAGAAGAGGGAGGACAGAGAGGGCAGAUUCACCAAUCUGGUGCAUGAGAUUGUCAACCGAGGUGGCAGAUGUCUGAUCCCAGUGUUUGCGCUGGGCAGAGCGCAGGAGCUUCUGCUCAUUCUGGAUGAGUAUUGGAGCCAGCAUUCGGAACUCCAUGAGAUACCCAUCUACUAUGCCUCCUCCUUGGCGAAGAAGUGCAUGGCAGUCUACCAGACUUACGUCAACGCCAUGAACGACAAGAUCAGGCGGCAAAUCGCCAUCAAUAAUCCUUUUGUCUUCAAACACAUCUCGAAUUUGAAGGGGAUAGACCACUUCGAGGAUAUUGGACCCUGCGUGGUCAUGGCUUCUCCUGGUAUGAUGCAGAGCGGCCUGUCCAGGGAGCUGUUCGAGUCCUGGUGCACGGACGCGAAGAACGGCGUCAUCAUAGCGGGCUACUGCGUAGAGGGUACCCUGGCCAAGACUAUUCUGUCGGAGCCUGAGGAGAUCACAACCAUGUCCGGACAGAAGCUGCCCCUGAAGAUGUCCGUGGACUACAUAUCCUUCUCUGCGCACACAGACUAUCAGCAAACGUCUGAGUUCAUACGCACCCUGAAGCCGCCCCACGUGGUGCUGGUGCACGGGGAACAGAACGAGAUGGGUCGACUGAAGGCUGCCUUGCAACGGGAGUACGAGGACGAUCCCAGUACCAGCAUGGAGAUACACAAUCCUCGAAAUACGGUGGCGGUGGAGCUGUAUUUCAGAGGUGAGAAGACCGCCAAAGUGAUGGGAACUCUGGCGAUGGAGACUCCCAGGCCUGGACAGAAGCUGUCGGGCGUGCUAGUGAAGAGGAACUUCAAUUAUCACAUGCUCGCGCCUUGUGACUUGUCCAAGUACACGGACAUGAGUAUGAGCCAAGUUGUACAGCGGCAGAGUGUCUACUUUGCUGCAUCUUUGCCUGUCCUGAAGCAUCUGCUGACGCAGAUAGCAGGCAGCCUGGAGGUGGUUGACGACAAGAAACUGAGGGUGUUCAAGAACGUCGACGUCACAAUCGACGGCAAGCUCGUCAUGAUGGAGUGGGUGGCUACUCCGGUCAAUGAUAUGUACGCGGACUCCGUUCUGACUGCGAUCCUGCAGGCUGAGAUAAUGGACCAGUCGCCGAAGAUCCUGCCUGCACCAACGAAAAUGGACCGGAUGCACUUCAAAGAGUGCCUCAUAGAGAUGCUGCAGGAGAUGUUCGGCGAGGACUCCGUGCCCAAGAUAUUCAAGGGUGAGAAGCUCUAUGUCACGGUGGAUGGGAAGAAGGCUCAUAUAGAUCUGCUGAACCUGGAGGUGACUAGCAAGGAGGAUGAGACUCUGCAGCAGAUAGUGCAAACCGCGGUAACGAAACUGCAUCAGUCGUUAGCGCCGCCUUGUGAUGUGAUCUAGUGUACAAAUGGAUAUUAAGAUGUAACAUUCAUUUUCAUAUCAAAAUUAUUUUACAUCAUUAAAGAUACAUAUUUAUUGUUUAUAAAUA